AUGCUUUACCGAACUCAUCACCACUCUUUUCUUCUCUACACAUUCAACCCUUUUUCCCACUCUUCUUUAUCACCUCAUCUUCUUUCUUCUGCUUCUUCUCAUCCUCUCCAGAAAAUGGAGUUUGUUCAGGGUGCUUUGGUGAGCGGGUUUGGGCUUGAAACGGAGACGAAAACGGCGUCGUUCUUGGAUGACUUCUCGGCGGUGAACGGUGUUUCCGGCGACUACUUGUUCGUCGACGAACUUCUGGAUUUCUCCAACGACUUUAACGAAGAAGAAGUUGAGGAGGAGGAGGAGAAGCCUCAGAAACUGGAGGAACCGGAGGAAAAGCAACUGGAGGAGAAGGAGAAGACGUUCUCUGUUCCGCCGGAGAAACCAACGGCGCCGGAGGAAAGCGCGGUCUCCGUAAAACACGAUUUUGGGCCUCUCCCUGAAAGUGAAUUAAACGUUCCGGCGGAGGGCUUGGAGAGUUUGGAAUGGUUAUCUCACUUCGUGGAGGACUCGUUUUCCGAUUACUCUCUCACCGGAAAAUUGUCGUCUACUCCGACGGCGAACCGGCCUGAACCGGGUACGAACGUCGAAGCACAGGCCUGCUUCUCCUCUCCGGUCCAAACAAAGGCCCGAACGAAGAGGGCCCGAACAGGGGUCCGCGUCUGGCCGGUUUUGUCUCCCUCCUUCACCGAGUCGUCCACGUCAUCCUCGUCGUCCGCCUCCUCCGCCGCGUCGUUCUCAUUUCCGACGCCCAAUCCCCUGCCGGUUCAGGUCCAGANNNGAGGCCCUGCACGGAAAGCCGCCGCCGCCGCCCAAGAAGCAGAAAAGGAAACCGGCCGACGCCGGAGGGAGCGCCGCGCCCCAGCCGAGGAGGUGCAGCCACUGCGGCGUGACGAAGACCCCGCAGUGGCGGGCCGGGCCCCUCGGGUCGAAGACGCUGUGCAACGCCUGCGGGGCUGGCCCGGUUUAGUGUACAUGUUUGGGAAGGACGGACCGGACCCAUGGGUCUGA